AUGAUUGUGGCAGUGAUAUCUCCUGAUGCGUCUCAUUGGGCCACGGGGCACUUCUCCCACACCUGCACAGCCGGCGGCAUCUCGUUGGAGGGCAUCAUGCAGCAACCCCGCCAGCCUGCUCUAACGAUGGAGGCCGCAAUCGGUAUCAUCGGAUUGUCCUUGCAGCUCGUCGACUCCGCGAUCAAGGUGAAGCGUGUCAUCGGUACCUACCGGUCCGCAUCCAAGGAAAUCGGCCGCCUGGCUCAGAAUGUCGAGAAGGUCGAGGCGGUAGCUGGCGCUAUCAAGAAGUGCUUCGAAGGCGAUGCCUCUAACCGCCGGUGCUCCGAGCUCAUCCAUACCUGGGGAAUUUUCGUCCUGCGGGAUAUUCAAUCAACGCUGGGAGAGAUUCAAGACAUCAUCGACAAGCUCGAAAAAAGAGCAUCAAAGUCACGUACCUUGUACACGGUCGGAUUCUCGUUCUUGGAGAAGAAAGAUGAGAUCGCUCGUCUAAGUUCCGCUUUGGACCGAAACUUGAACGAUCUACAGCACAUGAUGACCGCCGAGAUUUUUUCACGCUUCAGCGUAAUCGAACAGCUGACUUCAACCCCCGCGAGCACGCAGGUUAUGCCUUCGAAACCCGAGCUGCCACUCAACACCGAAGCAACUUCGAACUCCUUGGCACUGAAUGCAAACGGAACAACUACUGCUAUUGAGAGAAGCGACUCAAAACCGGUGCAAGUUCUCGGCUUCCAAGGUGGAAUGCAAAGCACAAGAGUGACGAAGAAAAUGCAACGGCAUGGUAUGGACGACUUCGUGAACGUUAAGGAGUCCAGGACCUACACAUUCGGCAUUCGAGGCUACUCCUACAGAGUAGAAUUUGGCUGGACAUUUGACACACUAAAUCCCAUCUCUUACUCUCUGAAUUUUCAGCACAUCCUGAGAGAGGAUGUUGAUAAGGAGUUAUACCGCAAGACUCAAACCAUUAUCUACACUGGAGACUUGGGAGGCCUCCAAAGGAUGUUCAGCAGUCGUGAAAUAUGUCCCACAACUUUCAUGGGAUGUCUGACUCUCUACGAGUUUGCUAUUAAGUACUGUCGGCCACGUCUUUGCCAUUUCCUGGCCUGCCAGAAUGUUCGGCAAUGUCUGACUGAAGAGUAA